AUGUCGUCACCAGCUAUCACUCUCUACUUCAAGCCGGGCUCAUGUUCCCUUGUGGCUCACGCUCUCCUCCACCACCUCUCGCUCCCUUUCAAACCCGUUCCCAUGAAGCCUAAUGCCGAACGCCGCUUCGAAGCUGCCGAUGGCAGCUUUAGUCAUCAAGAUUACCUCAAAAUCAACCCAUCCGGCUUCGUCCCCGCGCUCGUCAUAGAUGGUGGCGAGGUUAUCACCGAGCUUCCAGCCGUCCUCACGUACAUCGCUUGCGUGGCGCCGCCAGCCGAUACCGAAAAGCUUCUUGGCAACAGUGCUCUGAGUCGUGCCAAGAUCGUCGAGUGGAUGACAUGGCUCAGUGGGACGUUCCAGGGCACGGGCGUGGCUGCGUGCGCCCGACCAUACCGCUUUGCGGACGGGGAGGAGGCGAAGAAGGCCGUCGCAGAGAAGGGGUGGGAUGUGGUCCUGUCAUGCUACGCGAGGGUCGAGGAUAGACUGAAAGGACGUGAGUUUGCUGUCGGCGAGGCGUUGACAGUCGUGGACUUGUAUCUGUACGUGUUCCGAAGGUGGGCGAUACAUAUGACUGGCCUCGGGGGAAGUGACUUUGGCAACAAGUUUCCCCAGUAUGAGAAGCUGGGGAGGCUGGUAGAGUCUCUGGAAGGGGUCCAGAAGACUUUGCAAUUGGAGGAUUUAAAGCCUGUUUACGAAUGA